GACGAGGCCAGAAAAUACACAUCUUUGAAUCGCUACAACAGCCCAAUAUCUUCGGAAGUUAUCAAUAACACCUCUUUUCAACAAACUAACAAAAGGAGUUGUGCUUAGGAAACGACUCCAUUGUGGAAACCUGCGAUCUGCAUUUACAUUCGUGAGCCGUCAUUUCGUGCAUCGAACAGAGGGUGUGCACGCGCUUGAUCCAGGGAUAAUUUGUCUCGACUGCAAUGCCUUGUUAGCGGAAAUAAAUUUAUUUUCAUCUGCCGAGAUCUUGGAGGAUUUCGGUUUUAAUAAGGGACGGAACUAAUCUGUGUCAACCCCUGAACCUACGUUUCGGUAAUUUUUGGACUUGUUUAGAUCACCUGGUCGGCCAUUAUGCGAGAGGAAGACGUAGAAGUUGCGAUCAAAGUCGUGGUUGUAGGAAAUGGAGCCGUCGGUAAGAGUAGCAUGAUUCAGAGAUACUGCAAAGGUAUUUUCACCAAAGACUACAAAAAGACGAUAGGAGUGGACUUUUUAGAGAGGCAAAUCAGUGUGAGGGGCGAAGAUGUUCGGCUCAUGUUGUGGGACACAGCCGGACAAGAGGAAUUUGACGCCAUAACUAAAGCUUACUACCGAGGUGCUCAAGCUUGUGCAAUUGUUUUUUCUACUGUUGACAGAGACUCUUUCGAUGCAGUUGAAAAAUGGAGAACCAAGGUAGAAGAUGAAUGUGGAAAUAUACCAAUGGUGUUAGUUCAAAACAAAAUAGAUUUGAUUGAUCAAGCAUUAGUUAAAGUUGAAGAGGCAGAUGAACUAGCCAAACGAUUAAGGUUAAAAUUUUAUCGAGCUUCUGUGAAAGAAGAUCUAAAUGUUAAUGAUGUAUUCAUGUAUCUCACAGAGAAGUAUUUAGAAAUACUGCAAAAUGUUGAUGUGGAGGAACCAAAACCAUCACAACACAAAAAUGUUGCUGGAAUGUUUAAUACAACCUCACCAGUGAGUGCAUCACAAGGUGGAAACAACAAUGCACGUGCAACACAACAAGUAGAGACUGGAGAUAUUAUCACACUUAAACCAAACAAGCAGAGGACAAAGGGCAAAAAGAAUAAGAUAUCUUGCUCUUUGUUGUGACAUUUGAAUUUCAAGAUUGUGUUAUUAAUUGUUUUAACAGUUUCACAAAAUUAAACAUUGCUGCAAUAUGGCAAUAAGAGUGGAACUGUUUCAAACACAUGUUCAGUUCAUGCUCAGGGGAACAAUAUUUCUUGCUCUUCAUUAAAGUAAUGGGCAUGAAGUUGUAAUGUUUGUAAAUCUGCAUCACAAAUUCAUGAAAAUAGCUAGUUUUGGGACAUUUCUAAAUUAUCAUAUUUUCCAUUAUUGGACAAGUUUGAUCUUGUAGUUGCUGCAUUUAAAUAUAAUGACACUCAAAAGUUGAACCUUUUCUAACUCGUUUCUUUACUUUGAGGGAUUUUGGACACUGUGUAUGACAUGAAAGUUUUGAUGCAGGAUCAAGUUAGAGUCAGGUUGCAAAAAGAUUCCAUUGACUAAGUAGUAAGGAGACCCUUCCCAUCCUUAGGAGAUUUAUAGAAAUUUAUGAUUAAAAAUUAUAAUUUUCAGAAGGGAGGAGGGCUUAGGAAUAAUUUUUUUUCAGAAAGGUAUGGUACACACUUGUGCAAUCCUCCAAAGAAACCACUGAUAUGUAGCUUGGUUCUAAAAGGGUCUUUCUUUUUUACUCUGUUCUGUGCAUGCUCCAUGUUGAAAGUGACUGUGGUACUAAUGUUAAGGAUUCCACUUACAUUUCUUGUUGUUUGUACUAGUUGUACAUAGUUUUGUUUGAGAACUCUCCUGUCAAUUUGAGUAGUACCACUACAGAUGCAUUUUUCAACUUUAGAUGUAAUGUGGUUAAGAUGAACUGUUGUAGGAUAGCAAGUCUCAAAUUUUUUUUCUCCCUCUCUCUCCUUCUCUUUCCUUUUGUUUGUUUGCUUGAUUUGUUUUUUUCUUUUCUUUCCAGUAUGGGAGGGUCCUGAAGGAGGGGAUCUUAUUACUAGCCCAAAAUUAUCCAAAAUUCCAUUUCCAAUUUUACUUCUUCAAGCCAAACAUGGCAAAUGGAAAUUUAGUUGAGGUUGUGAGUGAGCUGUAAUGUAACUCUGAAUUUCUAACAGGUUAUAACAGUGAUAAAAUUGCAUUAAUUAUGGUCACUAUCUUUAACAUCUUUAUAACGUUUUGAAUACAAAUGUUACUCAACUUAGUUGGGUUAAUUGCCAUAAACACUGAAUUAGUUUGUUUACAAUUACAGCAAGGAUAUAAGAACAUAAUUAUUCAAUCUUUAGCCAGAAAUUUUGAAAAUAUUGCUAAAGAUAUAUUUUACUGUCAUUUUUUCUUAUCAUGAUCACCACAAUUUGUCAAUCACUGAUAAGAUUGAAAGAGCUUUAAAUCUCUUAGUUUGUUAAAUUCAUGUUUGACAUCUAGAGGUAUGUAAAGAAAAAAACAAUAAAUAAAGCUGGACCCAGGAGUCCUCGGAGCUAAACCCUUUCCACUUUAA